CGGUUUGCGUUGUUGGGCUUGGUUUCCGCGCGCACCCCCGAAAGCCGCGCACCUGAGGUCACUCUUGUUUGGGGCUCGCUCUUGCGUGCAGCCGACAUACUUCUGGACGUUCCUCUCGAAGAAGGGAAAGCGGGGCACCUUCAGCUGCCCCCCGACCUUCGAGCUCCAUGCGGACGGGCGGGUGGACUGCGUGCGCCUCGCCCGGGCGCCGCGGGCUUCCCCGGGCGCCGCCCCAGAGGAGGUCCCGCCGGGGGGGGCGGCGGCGGCCCCGCCGCCACGGCCCCGCUCCGCUCGACCCAGGAGGAGGAGGAGCAGGAGGAGGAGGAGGAGACUCGGCGGCUUUUACCCGGUACAAUUCCGUAG